UCAGAUCGGACCGCUGGCCGCUGUGUUUGAUUUUGUUUUUUGGCUAGGUAACGAAAUAACUAAACUAAAAUAAACGGAUACGACUUUAAUCCCAGAUUCCAUUCUUAUGCCCGUGUGUUGAUUAAUAUACUGUUUCAAAUCUGGAUGAAAAUACAAUGAUUGCGGCCUCCGAACCUUUGGAGUUUGUGCCCCAUGGAAGAACGAUAGCCGCGCAGCACCCAACUAAGAUUUACAGCAAGGGGCACAGUAACUCAUUUUCGGAAAAUUCUUUGCUGUACAAAUUGACGAACUUUGCUAUCAAAGAUGAGAGUUUGUUGGGAGCUAAAGAAGCUGAUGAGCAGGAGUGGUGGUGUGUCAGGGAGGUUUAUUAUAGAUCUAAUGAAAAUACAGAAGAUGAUCCACCACAGUUAUCUAAAGAAAAUAAGUAUGAUUAUGGUUCAGAAUCCUUUCGUCCACCGAGUCGUCUCAAGAAUGAUUUCAACAUAUCAAUAAAGUCUGAACUUAUUGGGGCGAUGAAAAGAAUGGACACUGAUUGUUUUCACUCAGCUGGACCUUCACACAUUGGAAGUGCUAACAGCUCUAGCAACAUGUCUAAGAAAUUCAACCUUGCCUGCAGCCCAGCCAAAAGUGUGAAGAAACCUUUAAAUUUUAAAACUGAUUGCGCUUAUGAAGAAGAGUUAUAUGUCAAGGGGUGUACGGCUAUCUGGUCAAAAGGUCUAAUAUCCACUCCUGGAACCAAACUAUCAGGCCCAGAAAGCAGAGAAACAAUAUGCUGCUACACCCUGGAAACUCCUAUAAAACAUGCUCACUUCUGCACUUUCCAUGUAGACAUAAAUAACACAAUGCUUAUUGAUGCACUGAAUUCACAAAUAGGAGAUGUAAAGAAGAAUAUCAAAAUAGAGGACACCACAGAACAUGUUGAAAGAAAAGUUAUGCCAGCAGUUUUAUUGAUGGAUAACAAAAAUAUGCGUGUGUUUGCCACAGAUGGUAGAGAAUAUAUUAACAGUAUCCCUUUUCAAGUGAAGAAAGUAUGGCCCAUGAAAUAUGGAGUUCUGCUAGAAAAAGAAGCAACACCAUUGAUGCAAAACUCACUUUUAGUAAACUCUUUCUUAAAACUCAAUGAAUCUCACAACAGUUCGUUUUCAAAGUCCAAAACAAAUUUUCCUUUCAACAUGAGCGCUAAAUUACGCGCUGAAUCUAUCUCUGGGUUUGAGCAGGAUAUUCCUUUGCCUACAUGCUUUUCUUUAUCACAUCCUUUAGAUGAAGUCACUCCUAUAUUGAUGAAAUCUCCUGCUCUGGGGUUGCAAUUUUACAAUGAUGGAGAUCUUCAAAUUAUAUUUGUCAGUACGAAUCCUAGUAUCAUCCUGUUAUAUGAUUGGAAAUUAGCUACUCAUUCGCUUUGGAAAAUUCGCAAAGCUACACGUGAUGAAUGCUUAGCAAUGUGUCCCAAUGUUAACUCAACUACAGCCGCUUUUAGUCAGUCGUGCGAUUUUGUGAGUAGCCCCAUGCAUAGCAAUGUUGGGAGGAAUGCAACGAGUUGGGCGACUGGUGUAGGGAGUCCAUAUCAGUCUAAAAGGGGACCUUUGACCCCUUCUCAGUCACGAUCCAGGUUGAAUAGUCCAAUGGCUAAUAUGUUCCACCAACAAGGAAUGUCGCCUCAUGCUUCUAUUGGGCAAGCCUCAUCUGUAUCAAUGAUGGCGAAUACUAUAAUGCAGUCUCCGCCAUCCUUGCCUUUAUACCCUGAUAUUUGCUUAGACCAUAUUUGGACGGACAAUCAGCAAAUUCGUCGAGAUCCAGUAGAUAGCCCGUCUGAAUUAAAGACAUUUUUACACACGGAUUUAGUUGGUCACGAUUAUUUAUGUUUCAUUGUAAAAGUGAGCAGUGUGAGUAGAUUACAAAUCGUGCGACUACAGAAGUCGCAUUCUCACGGGCAGUCUUCGAAAAGUAAUCUGAUGGUUGGGUCAGUUUCUUCAGUUCUUGCUAGGGAUGCAGUUGUUUUGGACCAUUUGAAAAUGAUGGCAUUGAUUGAUGAAGCUGGGAAUAUAAUACUGCAGUCGGGAAAUAAUGUGGUUGGAAAGGUACACGUAGGCGGCGUUCUAGCCCGUCUUAUCGACUCUCCGUACACGAGACGCAACACAUUCCAGUCCCCUUUUCCCCGCCGAAGCAGUUUGCUUCCGACCCGAAACGAUACCACCUUCGACGACUCCGCGUUGCAUCUGUUGUCGCCUGUACCUCAUUCCUCGGCGUCGAGGCUUGAACAUAAAGAGACUUUGGGUCUGCGUGGGUUGUGUGACGCUGUGGGCUCUCGUCUGACGUUGCAGUUCGAUUCUGGAGUCAUGUACCGCAUCUCUCUACCAGCUUUGUCGUGUUCCACGCUAGUUACGAAAUGUUGUGACGCAUUGAAAGCGAUUCUACCUAAAGAUAUUUCCACUCAGGUGAUAAUAAGAUGGUAUGGCGUACGCAACGUUCCGGGCACACAAGACUUGGCGCCCGAGCAGGAAUGGUUAAUGUUCUCGAACCUUCUAUUCUCUCUCAUUGGCUACGACGUCGAAAGACUUGGUCAGACCAAACAUCCGGAUGAUCAAGUCGAACAUACAGAAGUAGUCACGAAAAAACAGAGAACUUCAAGCGACGGAACCCAAGAUGACUGGGAAUAUUUACUGAAUUCCAAAAUGCAUAAAGCCAUAGGAAGCUCACUAGCUAACAUGCUUCAUUUGCAUCCACUAUCAAGCUCCGAUAAGCAAAGUUGUAGUAAUGUACCUGAUACAAUAGAAAUGGAAAAGCAUGGACAGUUUAAUACCAAUUGUUUACUUUUUCCCUAUACAAUACAAGUCCUAUACGCCUUUCAUCUAGUUUACGAAGAGAUUAAACUUAAUACGCUUUUAGGAACAGAUUUGAAACCGUUAUCGGCGUUUUUGUAUCAAAUAUCGAAAGAUUUAAAAUUUGAUAGCUACGUGAAUCAUUAUUGGCUGGAUUUUCCUACAGAAUAUAAUUUGGAUUACGAUGAAACAGACUCGCAGAUGUCGGAAAGCGUUUUGAAGACACUGUGUCAGCCAUCUUACUUUAGCAAUGAGCCUCCUAAUAUUUUUGGUUACAUCAAUAUGAUGCUGAAAGAUAUCGACAUCGGAUACUAUCCAUAUCUAGUUGAUGUUAAUAAUAUGUCGAGAGAUAUAAUUGAGGUGCUUACAAUAGUGGAAUGCGGACGAAGCGCCGGAGUCCAAACCAUCACGAGUAGGGACACCAUGUGUGCCAGUUCCACGCCCCGGUCCCGACAUAGCAACAGCCAAUACACGUCGCCACAUUAUCAGGCUGUUUCUAUGCUCCAGGAGAGAGGUAUGACUCCGAGAGACGUAGACAAUCUCCCGCCAGCCAUAGGCCUCCUGCUGCUCACAAUAUUCACCCGAUGCAAGGCCGAACCCCCCGUGGAUUGGCCAGUGGAGGCCUACAACCUUGUCAUGAGGGAGGACCUGUCAUUGCAGGCAGAAAUAGCGGAGACUAUAAAAUCUACAUCUGAAUAUAUGGAGACACUGGCUUUAGGUGUGUUAGAGAAAGAGACAGCUUACACGUUAAACAGCACUAUCCGGGAGGAACAGCCGAGUCAAACAAAGUCUGAGGAGAGUGACACUAUUACUGGAAUGGAGCAACUCAAUUCUAAACUGUUGAGUCUACUUUAUCCACACGAUCACAGGAUGGCCGAGAUAUUCAACCUCCUACAGUCUUCAAUACCAGUCACGAUAAAUUUAACUCAGCGGCCAGAAGUGUCUGAUCACGACUUCAUAGAAGAGCAAGAGAAGUAUUUGUUUGCGAUCAGCACGCGAACCAUGGCUUUACCUGUAGCAAGAGGAAUGCUAACACUCCGCAGCAUGCCUUGUUCGCCAACAGAACCUUUACAUCUUCCAAAAUUAUGCGUAUCAGGCCGCGGUCCACCUCCACGGUGUAAUACCAUCAACUUGGGAGUAGCCGACACUUCACCACAAUGUCUGCUGUGGCCGACCUUCCAUAACGGAGUAGCAGCCGGCUUGGCCCUCGUUCCGACCACUGGAUCUUAUAUAAAUUCUAGUUGGAUCAUUUAUAACAAGCCCAGGGGUACCACAGACAUGUCACCGGAACACGCCGGUUUCCUAAUGGCCUUGGGUCUCGGAGGGCACCUGCGGGACAUGCCCUUCGUGAACAUGUACGAAUACCUGGUUAAGUGCCAAGAGAUGAUCAGUGUAGGCUUGCUUAUUGGGCUUGCGGCUACAUAUAGAGGCACAAUGGACGUCCAAGCCACGAAGAUGAUGAGUAUCCACCUGGAACCGCUGCUGCCCCCGACGUCCAUAGAGCUGGACUUCCAGCAGAAUAUCCUGGUCGCCGCGCUGCUGGGCGUCGGCCUCAUCUACCAGGACACCGGACACACGCAUUAUGCGCAAGUGCUGCUCAACGAAAUAGGAAAACCACCCGGGCCCGAGAUGGAGAACUGCGCAGAACGCGAAGGCUACGCCCUAGCAGCCGGUCUCGCCCUGGGACUUGUUUGCGUCCGCUCGGGGCAUAGCGCCCCGGAUCACAUCGCUCAGAGACUCAGAACUUAUAUGCUGGGCGGCGACAAACAUCCUCUAACUGGGUUCCAAAAAGAGAAAUACAAGCAAGGCUCUUUCGCGAUCCGCGAGGGCGCCACUGUCAACUUAGACGUGACGUCACCGGGCGCGACAGUAGCCCUAGGGCUUAUAUUCAUGCGGUCAAACUGCGCCGCACCCGCUGCGUGGCUGGCGGCGCCCACUACGCCUUAUCAGCUAGACUUUGUGCGACCCGAUUUGCUAAUGUUAAGGAUCAUAGCGCGAGGUCUUGUACUAUGGGACAGUAUUGAAGCGAGUGAAGAAUGGAUAAGGGAUCAAGUGCCUGCUACUAUCAAACCAUAUUGCUUCGUGAAGCCCACUGACGAUAGUAUAGACUACGAGGCUAUGAACCAAGCAUACUGCAACAUAAUAGCCGGCGCGUCGUUCGCGUUAGGGCUCCGCUUCGCCGGCUCCGGCGACGAGGACGCGAGAGACGCGGUUCUUCAUCACGCCAAGUUCUUCCUCGCCACCACCACCAAGAGCAUAGCAGAAUUAGCUGGAAGGUCCACGCUAGAGACAUGUUUGUGUGUCUGUUUGCUUGCCGCUGGCAUGAUAAUGAGCGGCCGCGGCGACGUGCGCGUGCUGCGGCUGUGCCGGCGCCUGCGCGCGCGCGCCGCGCCCGCCGCGCCCGCGCUCACCCACGGCGGACAGAUGGCAGUGCACUGUACAAUCGGCUUACUAUUCCUGGGGGGAUGUCGGGCCACACUGAGCACAACGCCGACCGCUAUAGCGGCAUUGCUAGCUGCAUUUUUCCCCAAAUUCCCCACGCACAGUGAAGAUAACAGGUACCACUUACAAGCGUUCAGACAUCUGUACGUGUUGGCGGUCGAGGCGAGAUUAAUAUUACCCCGAGAUCUUUCAACAGGGAAGCUUUGCUACGCCCAUAUACAGGUAAUAGACUUAUCGGGUGCCGUGAAAGAAAUGAAAGCGCCGUGCAUCAUACCGGAGUUGGAAACACUGAAGGAAGUGAAGAUUAACGAUCCACGAUACUGGCCCAUCACGUUCCAGAGGGGACGAAAUUGGGAUUUGUUGAAAGUGUUCCUUGAAUACACAUGGUGUAUCGAUAUAAAACAGCGAGCUGGCUGUCUAUCCUACCUCGACGACCCGCACGGCUUCCUCACUAUCCUGGCUCAAACUCUUACUUUAGACAAAUCCAACAUUUGGUCAUCCACCCCAGAAAACAUAGACUUAUUCACCAACGACGAGCAAAUACAGAACUUCGUCAAGAAUUACUUGAAGAAAGAUAAGGAAAAUGAGAGUAUUUGCGGGGAUUGCUUGCUAGUGGCGAAGAAGAAGAAGGGGGCGAAGAAUGAGCCGUUUAUGGCGAAGCAGUGUUUGUGUAGGAGAUACAGCAAAGAAGAACAGGAACAUGUGCAAGCACUGAGCAUGGUUACGUACGAGUGUGUGGUAAAAGAUAUGCUCUGUGCCCUACCUAUUUGGACCACGUUUUUAAGGAUUGUUAAAACUAUGAAGACGAACCCAACGUCAUACCAGAUAUGGCAGAUCAAACUCUUGCUCUCCCAAAUUGAGAACCAAAACAAGCGAGCGAUGAAUGAAAUGAAGGUCGACGGACAAGACCUAACCAACGAACCGCUCAUAUCGACAGAAUUUUCAUUCGCCAUCAAGCAGAAAGUUUCUCACAUAUUCGACAGUUGGGAAGUCAAAAUCGUACCAUACCUACGCAAAUACCUAGGGCUGUCAAGCAAUAGAAAAAUCAGUUCUUGCGAAGAAGACAUGAAACGAAUUUUGAGUGCUUUUCUCGUCUGUUAUGACUUACCAAAAGGCGUUUUGAGGAAUUUCGUUGGUGAAAACGAUUUAGAAGUGAUUCUUGGUUUGGAGGAGCUGAAUUUGACCGCGGAGGCUGUGAGCAAAAUUGAGGCUUUGCUUAGAUGAUUAAGGUCUUUGUCUCGGGGCUACGUCACCCGAUCUAGGUGUCGCGCGGAUUGCGUACACGACUGGUGUUAAAGACUGAAAUUAGACUAAAAAAACCGCAAUUAGGCACAAUUGUUUAGGCGCUGUAGGUACGAUAUUGUAAACAAAUGAACAUAUUUCAUUUGUACAAUCAACAAUGUAAAUAAGUAUUCAGAUUUUAAAAUUUAAAAAAAUAAUGUUUGAGAAAAAAUUGCCUCAGAUAAUAUCUAAAGCAUUAGCUGCUAAUGUAUUUUUUGGUUCGCUGUAUAGUACUUAAUUGCGUUGUUGACCGUAUAUGUAAGGUAUGAUAUUACCUUUGAAUUAAAUGUCGUUUUCGAAUAAAACGCGGCUAAGUGAUAACAAUACAUUUUAAGGCAGAUCCGGAACGUAGUGUUUUUAACCAGUGCUCAUGAGUUUUUAUAGAUUGUUUUAUUGUGCACCCGUUCUAUCACUAGGAUAUAAGAGACUUUAAAAAUUCUAAUAUUUAAAUUCCACAUUCUAUAGCAUUACAUAUUACUUUUAGUAACAAAUUUAAUGUAAAUAUUUUCUACAGUAAAAUGAGUAUUCCCACGCCAUAUAAUAGACUUAAAUUCAUAUAAUGUUGUUCAAGUAUUCAAACAGUAGGUUCUAGAAAUAGUUACUUAAUUGAAAGUGAUGAAAAAUAAUCAUAAGAUUGCUUAAAUAUGUGUAACAAUAUUUAAUAACAGGAUUUAUACCUUUAAGCAUGUUUUUUCUAUGUAACACUAAUAUGCAAUUUGUAACAUAAUUUUCAGUUAUAGCCGAAUAUGCCUAAAAAUAUGCUUAAAUUUUUGAUCAAAUUAAAACUAAGUAGACUAAUUAAAGAAACAUUUUAAAGAACAGUAAGAGAAUGUAAAUGAGAAUAAGAUUAUUAUCUCCCUCGAGAAACAGACGUUAUAAAUGCUUAUGUAUUGAGAUUAUUAAAAAAAAAUUCUAAAUUCAAUUAGUGUUUAAUAGUAAAAAGUAUUAAGAAUGUUCUUUACCUUAAUAUUACAUGAUAAUAUUAUAUUUAUCAAUAUGAUUGUCGUUUAAUGUACCUACAAUAUCUGAUUUGUAAUUAUGUAUGAUAGUAUUGAUAUAUAAUUACGAGUUAUGAACUCAUGGAAUCUAAGUCAAUGUAAAUAUUAUUGUUGCUUGAAAUGUUUUUGUA